AUGAUGCCAAGUACAAAACGCCAAGCAAGCAAGCGCGCAGCGCCCGAUCGUGAAUAUGGCUCGAAGAAGCGAAGACGCGACGACUCUACUUACAAUCGUGAGCAAGAUAGAAGUGGCGGCCAUGCAAAUAUCCCAAGGGAGGAACUCCUCAACGAAAUUUAUGCGCUUGGUGGGGACGAGGAUGAUCUUCAACUCAUCUUGGAUGUUUCGUCUCAGUCAGAGCAUGGGGAUACUGAAGUGCCCGUAUCUGUCCCGCCCCUUUUAGGGGCCGAAUUGGCUGAGUUGGCUGUAACGCUAGGUCUCUCGCAGGCCGCUGAGGCGAAAUCAGAGCGUGGCUCAAUUAACGGUACAGCCGGGGUGAAAACACAAGCUGAGGCUCCAUUGAAGCUGUCUGAAGUAGAAAAGAAAACUACCUUCGAGCCCAUUCCCGAAUGGCACACCGUUACUCUUCCGGGCCUCCCAAAUGCCCGAUCCGAUAAUACCACCCCUCACGCAGCGGUCGUUGAGGCUCUCAAGCAGCAUGCAUGGCUCCUACUAGACAAGGAUUCUACCACUUAUACUAGAAGUUAUCUUGCUACUUCAACCCAUAAAUUCCUCUCGACCAUUAUGACGUCUGGCACAAUGAAUGAUAAGGUUUCUGCGUUGACCUUGGCUAUACAGGAGUCUCCGGUCCACAAUAUCCGCGCGUUUGAGGCUCUCCUAAAUCUAGCCUCGAAGAAGAGCCGUAGCCAGGCCAUCAUUGCUCUCGCGGCUAUAGUUGACCUUAUGGGCCCAGGGCUACUACUUCCCCAAAUCGAAAGCUGUUCCCUUUCAACCGCCAGCCUGGAUUAA